AUGGUGCCUGGCCAAGUGUUCAUGGAGUUGUUCCAAAAUGAGAUAAUUUUAAAUACCAUAAAUGGAUGUAGCUUUGGAACUACUGCGGUUCCCCUCGUUCUUUCAUCAGCUCCAGCUAGCGUGACGGUGACGCCGAGUUCUAACACAUCCAUGGACGUCAGCGUCAAGGCACCUGCAGAUCCUGCAGGAAUUGGGCGUUACGAGGUGACGGUUGUCGGAGUGGAGCUAAUCAAAUCAUGCACAAUUCCACAAGGGAAUGAGCUCGAGUGUCGCGUGGAAGGUCUGCAAUCGGCGACUGGGUAUACGGUGACAGUGAGUGCUUGCGUCAAUGGCGUGGAUCCGGCUGUGUGCAGUGAGAACGUGACGGCGUCAGGAUGGACAAAACCGACACCACCAGCUAGCGUGACGGUGACGCCGGAAUCUACCACAUCAGUGGUUGUCGGCAUCAGGGCACCGACAGAUGCCACAGGGAUCGGUCGUUACGAGGUGACAGUUGUCGGAGUGGAGCCAAUCAAAUCAUGCAUAGUUCCACAAGGGGACAAGCUCGAGUGUCGAGUGGACGAUCUGCAAUCUGCCACUGAGUACGGUGUGACAGUGAGCUCCUGCAUUAACGACGCACAUCCGGCUGUGUGCAGUGAAUUUGUGACAAGUUCUGGAUGGACGAAGCCUCAUCCACCAGCUGACGUGGCGGUGGUGCCGAGUUCCAACACAUCGAUUGCCGUUCGUUUCAAGUCACCGACAGACGCCACAGGAAUCGGCCGCUACGAGGUGACAGUUUCCGGAGCGGAGCCAAUCAAAUCGUGCACAAUACCACGCGGAGAAGAACUUGAGUGUCGAGUGGAUGGCCUGCAGUCUGCUUCCAAGUUCGAAGGGACAGUGAAGUCCUGCAUCAAC